GCUGUUGCCUGCUGCUGUUGCCUGCUGCAACACCACCGCUCCUGUUGCUGCUGUUGCCUGCUGCAACACCACCGCUGCCAGCCACUGCUGCCGCGGGUUCCCCGCUGAGCACGCAAGCAUGGCGCCGCUGUUGGCCUUGCUGCUGCUGCUGCUGCUGGGGCCGCUGGGGCCGCUGUCGGUCUCGGGCGGCCUCUACGACCGCAACGACCUCGUGGCCGUACUCGGCCCCGGGGAAGUGGCGCCCGCACUCCGCAACUCGUACGCCGCCUGGGUGGUGGAGUUCUACGCCUCGUGGUGCGGACACUGCAUUCACUUCGCGCCCGUCUGGAAGGCGCUCGGCGCCGACAUCAAAGAUUGGCGCCAGGCGGUGAUGCUCGGCGUCAUGGAUUGCGCCGAGCAAGCCAACCAGAAAACCUGCCAGGAGUUCGAAGUUCGCUACUACCCCAGCAUUCGGUUUUUCCCACCCUUCUCCAACACCACGGACGUCGGUAAAGAUCACUCCGACCGGGAGCGCACCGUCCCGGGGCUGCGACGCAAGCUCGUGGACUUCCUGGAGAAGCAGGAGGCGUUCGGGCCCUCCCUCGCGGCCGUCAAUGAGGCCGAGGUGGAUUCCCUGCUGAAAGGGAUGGAAGGGGGACCCCUGGCGGGCGGCUACCUGGCGCUGGUCUUCGAAGACGACACCUCCUACGUGGGCAGGGAGGUGGUGCUGGAUAUGUUUGGCUACAGGCCGCUGGUGGUGCGGCGAGUUCGCGCGUCCCAGGAACCCGGCCUGGUUCAGCGCUUCAGCGUCACCGACCUCCCCUCGUGCAUCCUCAUCCGCGGAGAGGGCGGGUGGGAGCGGCUUGCCGUGGCAUACCAGAUCCGGACGUUCUACACCUACGCGCUGCGGCAGCUGCCUGGGGUGCAACGCAGCGCGCAUGAAUCCAGCCAGACGCCCCUCCCCAAGCCGCAGGGGCAGCUGGAGGCGGAUCCUGAGCAGCCCCCCUGGAGAGAAUUUGACAGCUCAUCGCUGUACAUGUCCGACCUGGAAUCGGCGCUGCACUACUCUCUGCGCGUUGAGGUGGCCAAUCACCGCAUCCUGGAGGGCAGUGCCCUCAGCGCCCUGAAGGAUUACGCGCACGUGCUGGCCAAGCUGUUCCCUGGGAGGCCGGCGGUGCGCAAGCUGCUGGAGACGCUGCACGAGUGGCUCGAGAAGCUGCCGCUCAAGCGGCUCCCGUACGACGCCGUGCGCGACGUCAUCAACAACAAGAUGCAGAUCCCCGGAGUGUGGCUGCCCGAGGGGGUGCAGUGGGUGGCCUGCCAGGGCAGCCACCCCCACCUGCGUGGCUACCCCUGCUCAAUGUGGACCCUCUUCCACGUGCUCACGGUGGAGGCCGCUAGGCUCCAAGACCAGCUGCCAGAGCCGUGGGGCCCCGUGACGGUGCUGAGCGCCAUGCGAGCGUACGUGCGCGAGUUCUUCGGCUGCCGGGAGUGCGCCGUGCACUUCGAGCUGAUGGCGCGCGGUGUGGCGCGCUCCGUCAAGAGCUGGGACGAAGCCGUUGUCUGGCUGUGGGCUCGGCACAACCAGGCCAACCGCCGGCUGGCAGGCGCCAAGAGCGAGGACCCGCGCUUCCCCAAGGUGCAGUGGCCUCCGCCGUCGCUCUGCCCCGACUGCCACAGCACCCAGGACGGGGGGGAGCACGCGUGGGACAAUUCGGCCGUGCUGAGGCACCUCGCCAAGCACUACGGCCGCAACAACAUCUCCCCCCUCUACCAGCGAUCGCCGCUGUCGUCGUCGCCGCCGCGACCGCAGCAGUCGCACCGAGACGACCAAGAAUGGCAGCAGCAGGUCGAGGCGGACGGCGUCAGCCAUCGCCACAAUCAAGCUUCGCCGAUCCGUGACGACGACGUGAAGGAGGAGGAGGAGGAGGUCGCCGGGCAGGGCGAAGUGGUGCCAUCGGAGGAGGAAGCCGACGACCGGAUCGACGCUGUUGGGCGGCACACCCAGGCGAAACCCCCCAGGCUUCACGCGAGGGACCUGGGCUUGCGGGCCGAGGCGGGGCUGGCGGCGGUGGCCGUGGAGGGCGAGGGCAGAAUGCAGACUCGCCGGCAGCGGUGGGCGGCGAUGAUCGGGCUGGGCUUCUCGCGGGUCGACAUCAGCCUGUGCAUGCUGCUGUACUGCAUGUCGGCCUCGUGCCUCCUCGGCAUGUACGUGUUCGUGCACAGGCGGAUGAAGGGCCGCAGGGGCAAGUGUGGGGGGGGCGGCCCGCGGGUCUGAGGGGCCCGCUGACCGGAGCCGGCGGUGGCGGCGGCGCCAAAACCACCGCCGCCGCCGAACCCGAAACGUUCCCAACGCCAACCACGACCCCCGCCCACCCCCCCCCCCCCCCCCCCCCCCAUUGCCCUCUCACCUUCGCAUCGUGUUUACGUGUAUAAAAUAACUGAGGGAGGAAAUCAAAGUAUUUUUUUAAAGUUACGUACGCAAAAAAAAGUAAGACUUUUAAACCACUGCGGCAAACCAAAACUUGCCUAAAAACCGACGAGUGGGUCGGCACUCGUUGAAUCGGCGUACAAAGCGGUGCACAACCGGGGGUCCCCGCGGAGAAGUCCAAACUCGCACGUACAAAUACGUGGGCACAGCCAACUUUUUUUUGCCAAAACGCUGCCGGAUGAGGGCCUUGCUGGCGCCGCGCGGAGUUCAGCGCUGGUUUUCGGCGAAGGCGGGCGGGGGAGGGGGGGGGAGCAUAGAAACGGGGUGUGUAUAGUGUACCACUACAGCAUACUUUUUCUGCACUGGUCAAAACGUAGCAGACUUUUUGGGGGUAGGUGGGUGGGGUGGGAGCGUAUUUUUUAAAGGCGACGACGUUUUGGAUUUGUUCAUCCUCCGGAAACAAACAAAAAAACUAUCAGUUUCCAGGUUUUUAAUCCGUCGCUGUUGACCUUGCAACAAUUCUACUGUCCUUGUCGUUCCCGACGCCGGGAGAGAAAUUAACCGAGGGCACACUCUCCAAUAGCCGCGCGCGUGUGGCACAUGGGUGGUUGUGUGCUUGCCGAUCGUUUUAUUUUUACCCCCCCCCCCUUUGAGGGAAGGCCUUUAGUGUCGGCUAGUCGAUCUUUUCCUAUAGUUGAAAGUUGGUAGAAUCCUGCGAAUUUGAGGUCCCUCCCCCGCCUCCCUCCCCCAAAUGUAUGCCACUUGAGCCAUCAUUGCUACGCCCCGAGAUGGAGAAUCGUCGUGCGAUUCUUUAAGAGAAUCCUGAAAAAUAAUCUUAAUCCGCUACUUUAAUCCUCUUCGCAGGAAGUGUGGGCGGGGGGCGGGGGGUUGCAACAUUCCCACACGAUCUGCUAUGAGAUGGCCGAAUGACGGUCAAAUUAUUUUUAAUCCUCCGAGCUGGAAAUUAUCCCAGUCAAACUUCGUGCGAUUUGUCUUUUUUUGUUUGUUCGAGUGUGCAGUCGCCGAGGACCGCCGGGGUCGCUUUACUUGAGACUCUGAUUUUUAUCACAGGGCAGUGGCUGAAACCGGGAUUGUAAAACCCGGCGAUCUCAGCGGUGGUGGCUCGGCACGUUGACGACAUCCGAGCCGCCUUGACCGCCUCCGAUCCUACUGAUUCUUUUUUUAAAAAAGUGUGUGUGCGUCCGUGCGUCCGUGCGUGCGUACGCACGUCAUUGUAUGGAGAAAUUAGAACGAGCAGCUGUCAAAAGUGGCACGGCCCAAGGUGAAAAGGGAAAACGAUGCCAUGAUUGUUUUUUUUUUUUUACGGUUCAGUGGCCAUGCAAAGUUUAAAUCGCUGGAGCACGUGCUCCAAAAGAUAAGAUUGCCAUACCACUGACAACACCUGUUUAAUCUCGACAGCGUCUUUUUAAUCCGUAUAAACCUGAUGACGUCGACGCAUUGAAGGCAAAUUUGGCGAAUCCGACUUUGAGUGGCGAUUUCUAUUGGCAGGAAUGUCACGAUGCCGCCGUUUCCCAACAAUGGGGGAAAUCGUGUUUUUGGCCAUUUCGUCAAAGUGUGAGCCCCCGAGCUUUUGAAAGAGAAAAAAAUAAGCUACUUUUAUUUUUACCCAGGUAAGGCUUGGGAGUUUACCAACUCUGCAGGUGGCUCCCCCGUGCUGUAAGAACUGGAGCUUUUAAUGCCAGCGAUUGCAUUGCGGAAAGGGAGACGCUACGCAAGGGGGCUGGAGAUGCGCGACAGAUUUGACCAUUCGCCGGAAAGGAUUGAAAAGGCUCUAUUUUGCACUCCACCAAACGACCCAACAGUUACGAAAGGGGGCCUCAGCAGCAGCGGCAAAAGGUUCCGCUCCAGCGCGUUCCAGUCUCGGGUGCCAAC